AUGAAAGAACUGCUGUUGAGAGUUGGUAGUAAUAGUAGUAAUAGUAGUAAUAGUAGUAGUAAUAAUGGACAACAGCAGCAACAACAACAACAACGGAGAACUAUACUAGAUACAUCUAUAUCAACAACAACAAUAAGAGGCAAGAGAGAUAGUAUUAGUAGUAGUAGAAGUUGUAAUAGAAGCAGUCGUCGUUAUUUGAUAGGAUCAUUGAUGACACCCUCGUCAUCAUCAUACCUAUUGUUUAUAGGGUUAUUAUUUAUUAUAUGUAAUAUUGAGGGAGUAGUAGUACAUUGUACAGAGCAACAACAAAGAGAUAAUGGUAUCGGUAGACGGUACAUGGAGUAUUACAAUAAUUUACUCGAUGAACAGUCCGACCCUUACACCUCUCACUUUUUAGAUCACAUUGAAAAAUAUAAAUAUUUAUCAUUCAACAACAACAAUAAUAAUAAUAAUAACAAUAAUAACAACUAUCAACAACAUAAUACUAAUAACUAUAAUAAUAAUCAAAAUAAUCAAAAUAAUAGAAAAUCAUUUAUAAAUGUAAACACAAAGACACUGUCAAGUUUAAUUGAAUUGGACUGGGUCACAGAUCAUGGUCAACAAUACAAUAGAAUGAGUGGUUUGUUUUCGGCAUCGUCUGGUGGAGUAGACAACCCACCAACACCAGUCAUAACAAUGCCACUAGAGUUAUCAGGAGGUAAUCCACAAUGCAGUAAUACGACGUGUCCGGCCGGAACGACAUACGCACCAACCUACGUAUGUUCCAACGACACUGAUAAUUGGAAUGGAGGUAAAUUCACAUUCAACGAUCCCUACCCAUACAACACAUCGGACGAUACGGUGCUACGUCAAAUCGAGAUGACACUCUAUGGUCCAUUUGACAAAAACACGCCACAGGUGGUUGUCCAAGUCGACAGUGAUGUGUUUGCCAUCCUCCCACUAUCGACCAAUGCCCUGUCUACUUGUCCCAACUGUGUCAAGCAGAGUACGAUGGCUCAAAAGACAUAUAGCAACGGAUUGCCAACCUACAACUACGAUGGCACCAACUUUAUUCAGUUUAAUCUGUAUGCCAACUCGGCGAUCCUCUGUCUGAGUAGUGUCAGCCUCACCUUUUUCUACGGUCCCACCACCUACUCUGUCUCGUCAAUCUCGCCACUCAGCGGGCCUGUCACAGGCGGUACACACAUCACUGUCUCGGGUGCCGGCUUUUUAAAGUCUAACCCUAUGUGUCGGUUUUCCAAUGUCUCUACCACUGCCACCUUUAUCAACAUGUCUACCAUUGUUUGUGUCUCCCCCAACCUCCAAUUACAAACAAAGUCAGAUUACAAUGUAACUGUCCAAGUUACAUUUGAUGAUUCCGGUGCUUACUCUUAUCCAACAAAUGAAUCUAUUUUCUCUUUUGUUGCAGCACAACCAAAUAAUCCAGGAGUAGAUAAAUUACUUUAUAUUGCAAUUGGGUCUGGUUUGGCAGCAGUGUUUAUAACUGGAUUUUUGGUAUAUUUUAUAGUCAAGAAGAUACAGGCGAGAAAGCAAAAGUUUGUACCUAUUGGAAGCGAGGCACAACCUAUAUUGGACUAUCGUACAUUGUUUGAGAUCAAGCCAAUCGAGAUGGCAGAGAUUGUUGUGCAGAAUAGAAUUGGUAGGGGUAGUUGCGCCGAGGUGUUUUCGGGCACGUGGCGUGGUAUUACCGUGGCCAUUAAAAAGGCUAAGCUGCUGACCGACGACGACGAAGAGUUUUUGACAGAGUUGGCACAGGAAGCAACGAUCAUGUCGCAACUACGUCAUCCAAAUGUAUGUCAGUUCUUGGGUACUUGCAACAACCCACCCGAAGUAUUGAUUGUCAUGGAGUUUAUGGCUAGAGGUUCGUUGUACAGAAUUCUACAUGACCAACAGAUCACGGUCGAUUGGCCACGUCUAAAGGGCAUGGCACUCGACAUUGCCAAGGGUAUGAACUACCUACAUUGCUGCGACCCCAUCAUUAUCCAUCGUGACCUCAAGUCACACAACCUGCUUGUCGACGAGCAUUUCCGUGUAAAGAUUAGUGAUUUUGGGUUGUCUACCAGUUUCAAACAACAUCUCGACAAAAAGACCACCAUGACCCCUGUAGGAACUCCAUGUUGGACGGCACCCGAGGUGCUGAGAAACGACCCCUACACUGAAAAGGCAGACAUCUACUCGUUUGCCAUUGUCCUGUGGGAGCUCGUCACCAGAGAGGAUCCAUACGCCGGCAUGCCCACCUUCCAGAUUGUCAUUUCUGUCGGACAGCACAAGCUCCGUCCAAUCAUCCCACCACACGUCUCGGCACCACUUGCCAGACUCAUCACUGAAUGUUGGUCCGAAGAUCCUUCCCAACGACCUUCAUUCCAAGAAAUUGUAAGAAGAUUGGAAGCAAUUUGGAGAAACGUCUCUUCAGGUUUUUGUUUUUGUACUAAAUGUAUUUCAUUAAUGUAUGGAUUAGAUAGAUAG